CUGUAUCGAAUCGACCCCUGCCACCAUAUAUUCGCAACCGCGACUCCUACCGGUACACCAUAGGACGGAAGGAUGCUGGCAGUCUUUCUGUCCAGAUUGAAGCCAAGAGUGGUUGAGAAGGGCUUCAAGCUGGAUGAUACCUACAACGACAGCCCUUCACCGUUUGCAUCCAGUCUCCAAUAGCCAUGGCGCAGUAAAAUAUCAGCUCGGAAAGGCUGCCUGUGCGUCGCAAAGACACACGCUCUAGUCGCCCGUCUGUGCUGGCUUGGGACACUGCCGUAUACCCCGGUGUCGCUCAACGGAGUGAACGAAAUAGCGCAGUGCCGUCGUCCUUAGCAAGGCGGCGAAAAGAAAAAGUCCCUUAAGGACAAGGCUCCAGUACCCCUUUCAUCUCCGUACAGUCGCGGCGCCGUCGAACAGGAGUGUUGCCUUUCGCAGACACCUCCCUCUCCACCCUCUUCGUCCAGGUCGACAAGUACCGCAUAUUAUAGCCAACCUCGACCCGGACAAUCUCCUUUCUUUGCAGGCUCCCGAAGAGAAUACCGUCCCAGUGGGCUUCCACGUCGUCAUACACAUCUCGGCAAUCGAAAUUCAUCGUCUGGAAGCAAACGUCUUCCAGAAACACCCGAGUCUGCCGUCGCAACUUCGCCAGACCUUUCAACCUUAGCUUCGCCCCUUGUAAGUGGAACAAAGUGCAGUAGCGGCGCUUUAUCGUCCUCCGCUUUCUCAUCACACUCUUCGCCAACACCGCUCAACGAGAAGGACUCCAGUCCUCCACUCACUCGCGCGCCAAGACGAGUUCUCCGUCCAGACAAUUGGUGGCAGAAGCACAGCAGACAGCCUCCAACUGACCCUGGGUCUGCCAGACCUCCUCUUCUUCCUGACAAGUCUCCACUCCGACCCAGUGAAGACUUUGCAGCUCCCCCACCGCUUCCUAAGAGAUCACCUCUACGACCGGCAGGGCUUCCACUUUCACGUGAGCCUGCAGCUGCUCACCGCACUUCUGCUGUACAGUUUGAGUCCGAGCCGCAGGAAGAUACAGCUCUCUGGGAAGAGCUAUCUCCGCCUCCACUUUGUGUUCGAAAGACCAGACCCCCAGUAACUCCAGCACGAACUGAACCUGAAGAUCGGCCUCGAAAGACUCUUGUUCCCCCAGAUUGCGAAGGCGACCUUAAAACUCCAGAAUCAGAGUACACACCACUCACCCGCGAAUUUGUUCUCCGACGCCUCCUUUCAGAAGAGUCAUUCAACGAAGCGACAAAGACCCGCUUUGCAAGGCGAGACGAAGAGGAAUUACCACCUGAAGUCAUUGCACACCGUAAAAAGACCCUUGAAAUCCUUGAAUCCUCUCCGGAAGCGAGUGAGCCCGAUACUCAGUUGAAGAGAACCAAUACUUUCAAACAACGACGUCGAGCGGGCGCGACUUUCACAAUGGACAGUCUCCAUCCUGAUUCCGCUGCAGCUAUGACUGCUCACCGACGGGAGGCGGUUCGUCUUGCCCAGGAGCAACAGCGAGCAGUUGUGGAAAAGUGCAAGAGAUCCAAGCAGCUUGAACCUGACUAUGCUUUUGAUGAGUUAAUUGGGAAAGGUAGCUUCGGUAGAGUGUACAAAGGACGUCAACAUUCCACAUCAAAGGUCGUUGCCAUUAAAGUUCUCGAUGUCGAUGAAGCGGAUUUUCAUGCCUUUGGUGAUCAUAAGGACGAACAGAUCCGAGACUUCAACCGGGAAAUUAGGAUCCUGCGACAAGCCCAAGAGAGCGGAGCAGAAAACCUCAACCAAAUGAUCGAAGCCUUGCCCGUGCAUAGUCAGCUGUGGUUGGUGUGUGAAUAUUGUCCUGGCGGUAGUGUCAAAACUUUGAUGCGAGCUACCAACGACAGACUUUCCGAAAAAUAUAUCAUAAUUGUCGCAAGGGAAUUGGCAAAGGCUCUAAAAGGCCUUCACGAAGCAGGCAUCAUGCACAGAGAUGUCAAGGCUGCCAACGUCCUCAUUCACCAAGAAGGUCGCCUGGAACUCUGUGACUUCGGGGUUGCCACAAUCCUUGAUACCCAAACAGACAAGAGAAAGACCUUCAUAGGAACUCUACACUGGAUGCCGCCGGAGCUGUGGACGGAAAAUCCUGAGUACUCAGAUGAGGUCGAUGUAUGGGAAUAUGGCUGCACAAUCUAUGAGUGUGCUAUGGGACGGCCACCAAAUAGCGAUCUACGCGAACGUCAACAGCUCAAGAUGAGGAUGCGACGCCUGAAGCAGGCCAUUUCCCUCCCAGAAAAUGAGGCUUUCAGUGACGGUCUACGUUCACUUGUGUCCUACACACUUACUCCUGAUGCCACCACGCGACCAUCGAUGAAGGAUGUUCUUCAACACGAUUUCCUGAAAGACACCGAAGCAACGCAUCCGACAAGCAUGCUCACCGAGCUCGUUCAAACAUAUUACGGAUGGCUAUUCAGUGGCGGCCAAAGAAUUUCUCUAUUCAUGCCCGGUGGUGCGGCGGCUGCUUCUGCCCAAGGCCCCGAUGCCGACAUCGAUUCCGACGACGAGUGGAACUUCAGCAUGACUCAAGAUUUCGAAAAACGCGUCUCCGCAAUCUUGGAGAUACCAGAUUUCCCGAGCUUUUCGCCCAGCGAAACCAUGACAGGAGAAGAAACGCCCAAAGGAUUGACCGCGCCCGGCGGUCUCUCACCCCCCCAAGAAAUGACAGCAGCUCAGAAGGCCAACUUCGAAGCCCGCGUCAAGCGAGGAGCAGACCUCUCAAACAUAUUUGACCAGAACAAGCCUGCAUACGAAUACAAGACCAAAACCGAUUUUAUUCCAAUCCCUGAACAGCGUCGAAUAUCCGACUUACCGUUCCGAGCCAUGGCAGAGGACCGGCCAAGCUCUAUUGCAUCCAACGUGAUUGAUCUCGGAGAUUUUGAUGAAGCCGACUAUGCAGUAGCAGCUGCCCCAAGAACGGAUGACAAAAUCCAGACCGCCUACGCUGCCGCGCCCAUGAAAGAAGAGACCAUCAGACUUGCGGAUGCAUCUACCCUUCGGGAGAAGCGGGCGAAUUCGAAAGGUCCCCGGGAUCCCAAUGGCCAAUCUCUUACCGCCAGAAGAGCCUCAUCCGCUGAGGUUGUUGCGCCCUCAAGCACAUCUGCGCAUGACUUUGCAAUGUCGCAGGAGGAGUGGACUGUUAAGAACAGAACUAAAGCCCCUGAACUGCAAGAGCCAGCCGAAAUCACAUCUUCUCGUCCCGGCCACGCGACGAUGGAUUGGUCCUUCGCUAGCGCCAUGUCCGAGGCUGCAAUGACAAUCCCACAAAUCAACGUGCCAUCCGAAGAAGACUCGACGAGCAGCCAUGAUAUCCCAGGCCCGCCGGAAGAGGAGGCCGAGGCAGAAACCAAUUUCAACCAAAAGACGAAGAAACACAACACAAUGGACUGGUCUUUCUCAUCCGCCAUGGCUGAAGCAAAAGUUGCUGAAGACUAUGAAGAGCAAGAAGCCGUGGAAUCGUCUCCUCCACCUACUCCUUUCACAUACCAGAAGCCUGCUGCCGGCCCCAGACCGACACCAACCCGUCCAGCCCUGUUAUCGCGCCAGAUGACUAUGCCUGUCACGAUCGGCGACUUUGUACAAGCUGAAGAACAGGAGAUUCCUCGGCCGUCAACCGCACUAUCCGAAGCAUACAGUGAUGUUUCAGCCUCGUCCACGGAUGUGGACCCAUUCGGCCUUGAACGCGACGACGACGACGGAGAUCAUCCGGGCCCUGCCACAAUGGACGAAGACGUCAAUAUGGGUGGAUUCUACUCGGGGAGAGGGAGGACGAUGCUCUCCGGGUAUUCCUCGGCAACAACCACACCGUUGACGGCUUCUGGGCCAGGUCCGGCCCCUUAUGCCUUGGGACGCCCGGCACGAAUUGGCGAAGACGGGUUUCCUGGGCCCAGCCACUCUCACCCGGCAGCACCCAACAUGCACCGGGCCUCCAAUUCGUCGGUCACGUCCAAUGCAACGGCAAUCCCGGCAGGUGGUGUCCAAGGCCCCCUCGUCGCCUUCGUCCCGCCUGCAUCUCCUCCUAGCACGGCCGCGAUGUCCGCCUACGCCUCGAAUGAGGAGGUUGAGGCGGAGCUGAUGCGCCUGCUGGAGGGGAUGCAGGGGACGUUGAAUGCGGCGAGGGAGGUCGUCGGUGGACUUGAGAGGAGGAGAGUGAGGGGGGAGGAGGAAUGGGUGUCGGAGGAGGAGUAG